CAUGUGGCUGAUGCAAACCUGGAGAAUUUGCAUCAUCAUUAAGCUGGAAUAAGUUGGUGUGACAGGCAGGAGCUUAAAUACCAGCCCCUGAGGAAGCUGAGCUGGUCUGUAAUCAUAGGGCAGUAACAGCGGCCGCAGCGGCAGAGGUAGUCCGAGGAGGUGGAGGAAUGAGAGCACCAUGAACACACAGGUGUUUCUGAGGGGUAAUUAGAUAGCUGUGGAGGAGAAAAUACACCUUUGAGUUCUUACCUGUGAACACAAAAGCACUGAGCGAGACAGUCUGAAAGCCAAGAGGAAGAGGUUUGGUCAGUCACACCAAGAGACACCAAAGUUGAAAGUUUGUUUUGUUUUUUUUUUUUUUUUUUCUUCUUCCUCUGUUUCAUUUUUCCCGUGUGCCACUACAAUGGUCAGAAAGCCUGUGGUGUCCACCAUCUCCAGUGGAGGUUACCUGCAGGGGAAUGUUAAUGGGAAGCUGCCUUCCUUGGGUGGCAAGGAGCCACCUGGGCAGGAGAAAGUGGUGCUGAAGAAGAAAAUCACUUUGCUGAGGGGCAUCUCCAUCAUCAUUGGCACCAUCAUUGGAGCAGGAAUCUUCAUCUCUCCCAAGGGCGUGCUCCAGAACACGGGCAGCGUGGGCAUGUCUCUGAUUAUCUGGACAGUCUGUGGGGUCCUGUCACUAUUUGGAGCCUUGUCCUAUGCUGAAUUGGGAACAAGUAUAAAGAAAUCUGGUGGUCAUUAUACAUACAUUCUGGAAGUCUUUGGCCCAUUACCAGCUUUUGUACGAGUCUGGGUAGAACUGCUCAUAGUACGCCCUGCAGCCACCGCUGUGAUUUCUCUGGCUUUUGGACGCUACAUUCUGGAACCAUUAUUUAUUCAAUGUGAAAUUCCUGAACUUGCGAUCAAGCUCAUUACAGCUGUGGGCAUAACUGUAGUGAUGGUCCUGAACAGCAUGAGUGUCAGCUGGAGCACCCGGAUCCAGAUUUUCCUAACCUUUUGCAAGCUCACAGCAAUUCUGAUAAUUAUAGUCCCUGGAGUUAUGCAGCUAAUUAAAGGGCAAACACAACACUUUAAAGACGCCUUCUCAGGAAGAGAUGCGAGUAUUAUGGGGUUGCCACUGGCUUUUUAUUAUGGAAUGUAUGCAUAUGCUGGCUGGUUCUAUCUCAACUUUGUUACUGAAGAAGUGGAAAAUCCUGAAAAAACCGUCCCCCUUGCCAUUUGUAUCUCCAUGGCCGUCGUCACCGUUGGCUAUGUGCUAACAAAUGUGGCCUACUUUACGACCAUUAGUGCCGAGGAGCUGUUGCUGUCAAAUGCGGUGGCGGUGACCUUUUCUGAGCGGCUACUGGGAAAUUUCUCAUUAGCAGUUCCGAUCUUCGUUGCCCUCUCCUGCUUUGGCUCCAUGAAUGGUGGUGUGUUUGCUGUCUCCAGGUUAUUCUAUGUUGCGUCUCGAGAGGGUCACCUUCCAGAACUCCUCUCCAUGAUUCAUGUCCGCAAGCACACCCCUCUGCCAGCGGUUAUUGUUUUGUACCCUUUGACGAUGAUAAUGCUCUUCUCUGGGGACCUCUACAGCCUUUUGAAUUUCCUCAGUUUUGCCAGGUGGCUUUUUAUUGGGCUGGCGGUUGCUGGGCUGAUUUAUCUUCGAUACAAACGCCCAGAUAUGCAUCGUCCUUUCAAGGUGCCGCUGUUCAUCCCAGCAUUGUUUUCCUUCACGUGUUUCUUCAUGGUUGCCCUUUCCCUGUAUUCGGACCCAUUUAGUACAGGGAUUGGCUUCAUCAUUACUCUGACUGGGGUUCCUGCAUACUAUCUCUUUAUCAUAUGGGACAAGAAACCCAAGUGGUUUAGAAGACUGUCAGACAGAAUAACCAGAACAUUACAAAUAAUACUGGAGGUUGUACCAGAAGAAGAUUGUCAUAAAUUAUGAAUUAAUGCAUUUGAAAUCUUGGCAAUCUAUGCUUGGCCUUGUUUCUGCCCAAAGGGCUGAAACAAAAUGUGGAUCUUCACUUCAUUUUAUGAAAAUCCAGAGGAUUGCAACUUUGGUGAUGGACUAAAGGAAUCGGUUAUUGCUAUUCAUAUCUUUUAGUGUGUUCAAGUUGGUUUCUAAGAAAUUUAGUUAUAACUCCAUGUAGUUAUUGAAAGCAGAUAUGCUAUGCAAGUAUUCCAUGAGUUCACAUGAUUUUGGAAUUCCUGAUACCUACAUGAAGUUAGAGGAAAUAGACUACCAAAUGAACAAUUACUUUAGGGGUCCAUAUAACAUAUCUAAUCAUGAACACCGAGAUGUUUUCUGUAUAUAUGGCUUUUAUAGAAACAAUUUUUAUAUACUGCAGAUGACUAUACUGUGAAAAGUGUUUUCUACUCUUCUGGGGCGGGGGAACCAUACAUCAUCAUUACGGACCGAGGAAAGAAAGAAAUUUAUUUUAUGUUGGCAUUGCAUUGCUUCCCCUUAGAUACCAACUUAGAUAUCAUUCAUCUUUUAGUGUGUUAUACCCAGAGCAUUUUGAACAAAGGACAGAGGGGAUAUGCCUAAUUUUAAUGAAUACAUUAAAGAAGAGUUUCCAGGGGCUAUUGUUUGUGAGAAAAAUCCAGGAAUUAUGUCUAAAAAUUCUUGAUGAUUGAUUAUGUUAAGACUUUUUUUUUACUCAUUAUCAGGAAGCUCCAUGGUUAUGGGCCACUUUGUUUUCGUGGAAAGCCCACUUGAUCAGGAAAGGAUGUAACAUCUUUCUUAGAGCAAAGCAAUAGUCAGUUUGAUAUUAAAGGCUCUUAAGCACAAUCAUUUGUUUCACUAAUAAUUUACCCCUUGGUAAUAUAGCUAAAUAUAUGCAUUUUUAAAUCUUCAAAUUGCAAUGUCCAUAUGGGACAGAAAUCAACAAGAAAGAGAAUACCCAAAAUAUUAUGCCCAACCCUAUAAUCAUAUCUAUAUGCAGUGUUAGUAAUUAUGAAAAUUUUUUUAAUCUCAUAGCUAUUUUUACAUGGUGAUAAAUUUUGACAGUUUGUACAUUUCCUUUAUAUAUUUUAUAUUCUGUUAAAAUAUCUCUUCAGAUGAAACUGUCCAGAUUAAUUAGGAAAAGGCAUAUAUUUACAUAAAAAUUGAGGAAGAAAUGUCACUGCUAAAUAAGAUUUACAACUGAUGUUUCUAAAAUUUUCCACUUCCUUAUUUCAGCUUUGUCAGUAAUUUCCUCACCUUAAUUAUCAUUCAACUUGCAAAAGAAAUAACUGAUAACAAAUUCACUGAAAGAAGGAGAAACCGUGUGUAUAUUCAGACAGGUGUUUUUAUGCAAGGUUUAGAAAAUAUUGUGGAAUUUUCAAAUAGUGUAAUAUAAUGAUGGAAUGUGUAAACUAUUAUUUACAUAUAUCCAAGAUUAAAUAGUCAUACCAGAGUAUGUUUCAUCCUCUAAUUUUAAAAGUAACAAUUUUUGAAACAACUACACUGAUUAAAAUCAUUAAGAGCUGAUAUAGGUUCAUAGAAAAUUGACCAAAGUAGAAAUGAUGAUUUAUAAUUUGAGGCAAUUCCAAUUCACUAAUUUCAGAUUUUGCUCUUGAUAACAUUUAAUACACAUCCAAGAUUUACAUUAUUUUCAGCCAAACCUGGUGUUUGGGUCUGUAAGUGAAUUCACAAAAAUUCCUUCCUUUUUCUCUUACCAUCUGGUUUUCAAAUUUGAUCUGUAGUCUCUGCUUCUUAUAUCCAUUUGUCUGUAUCUCAUGCCAUUCUAUUGUUGCUGAGGUAAAAAAAAAAUAGAUUGUCUUUAUAUGCCAUUUUUUUUAACAGUCUAGGCCCAUGUAAUAUAAACCAGGAAACUCUUCUUAAGAGUUUUUGUGGGGUUUGUUUGUUUUUUUGUUUGUUUGUUUUAUCUAAUGAAAAAAAAUGGUAAAAUCUCAUGGAGAGGUUUACAUAGUUCUUGAUUAUUCCUGAGAGUAAUGUGCUUAUAACUACAGUGGCAGAUAGGUCUCAUUUUAUUUCUUUAUUUUUUGUUUUAAUUUCUCUUUAAAUAUAACAUUAUAAAAGCUAACUAGGAUCCAUUCUCAUUAUUUUUUCCAUCAUUUUCAAAAAUGAUUUUUGCAUUGUUAAAUUUCCGAUGCUACUGUAAUACCACUUUUAGCCAGACAGAGAGUCAGUCAGUAAUUUUUUUUUAAAGUAAUAAAGAUUAACUUGUCCUUCAGCUUAUUUUUAGGAUACAUCAUGACAAGAUGCAGAAUUUCUAUAACCAGGAAAUCAAUAUUCAUAAUUUUUAUUCAGAUGGUAUCACAUAAAGCCAAUUCUAUUUGAAAACUUUCCUGAACACUAAUAUGUAUAUUUUUAUUUAUACUAAGUAAAAUUUUUUCUCAUGUAUUUAAAAUUAUAUAUAGAGAGAAUUAUAUGUAAACCAUUACAAUAUACUUGCACCAGUGUGGAUAUUCAAAUGUUUAUAUACAUAUUACGAGUUUAUUAUAACACAAAAUGUAAAAGUGGCCAAUACAGUUUAAGACAACUAAUAUAUUAUUUUCAAGUGUACUACUUUUUGGGUAACAUGGAGUCUCAAGUAUUGAAUUGUGGAUUAAACAGAUUAGUAAAGACUUCCAAAGCUAAAACAAUUUGAUUAAAAAAUGAACUGAUUCUCCUUACACAAUAGGAAUAUUUCAGAAAUGUUUUUGACUCAUUUUUAAAAAUGUUAGGUUAUUUUUCUGAGAUAUUUCUUUGAUCAGUUGAGGAAAACUAGACUACUAUGAAUGUUUAGGUCAGCUGGAAGUAGACCUUGUUCUUGUCUUUCUUCAGGAGAUUAAAGAUUUGCCCUAGAAAAGAUGGCGGACUCCAGUACCCAACAUAAAUGUUCACAUAUACAUGUGUGCUUAUACUGUAUUCUCCCCCAUCUCUACUGGCACAAAAGUAGGAUAGGUUAUUAGGUUACAUUAGCAAUGCAUGGCAGUUUCUCUAACACAAAACAUGUAUGUUGAAACAAAUUUCUGGAUUAUUUUACAUGCCUGGUAAAAUUGUUUCCCCAGUUGCUAUUUGGUAUAUUAACAGAUAGUUAACCUGAGUAUAAUUACUUAAUUUUUUAUGAACUGUAAUCAGUCUUCAGGAAACUCAUUAUUUUAUCUCUAUUUGUAGAUGAAUGUAAUGCCAACCAAGAAAGAGGGCAUUUUUGACCUAUAGUGGAUUUCUUAUAAUUGAGGUGUAGGUUAUGAAAAGAUAGAAUACUGAAGGUCAGAGUAGCAGGAAAUGAAAGAUAGCAUGUGACUGGAAGUAAUGAUAUUUUGAUGUAACUUAUUAUGCAGCAUAGUCAGAGAAAUAUUAAAAAUUAAUUGUCUGUUGUGCAUAAGUGGAUAUCCCAAGUAGCUAAUGGAAUGUAGCUUCCGUGCCCCUCACUUAGACAUGCCCCUUCCAAGGUCCUGUACCUAAUGUUGCAUUAGGAAAUGUGUAUUAAUUUUCUUGAAGAAGAUCAGAAAAAUUGUAUACAUUUCUGGCCCUACAAAUUCUGCAUCUUUCCCUGUGAGCAUGGUAAAAUAAACUUCCAUUACUUUUUCUAGUAGAAAUAAACAUGGGCCAUUUAUAGAAUACAUUUUUAAAUAAUAAAGUUUUGAGUUAAUUGAAGUAUCUAUAUAUAAUUAUAAAUGGCUUUCUCAUAAGAUAUAUUUUGCGAUAUAUAAGGAGAGAGUUCACUUUUGACAUAUUUUAUGAUUCAGUGCUGAAUGAUAGAAAAACAACAAAUAGGGUGUUAAUUGUAAUUCUUUUUCUUAGGAAAGAAAUAUAGUGAUAUUUGGGAUUUUAAUGCAAAUGAGUAAAAGACUGAUUUUCCUUAAAUGUAAUCUUUCUUCAUUUUACCCAACACGAUAUGCUGUAUGUUAGUGCUGAUAAUUUUUACAGAGUCACAUUUUACUUUGUUAACAAUUCAAAGUCAGGAAUUAAAGCAUAACAUUGUGUAACUGGCGAGAAACUCGUGGCAGAUAUAGAGUAGAUAAUGAGACAUCUUGACAGCUUCUGUUUACAUAAUUUAUAUGUAAGGUAAAAAUUUAUUACCCAUACCUGUAUUUUAGGUUACUGUUCUCAUAAACAGUAUACCUAAAAGUGUAACCUCUAGGUAGUCUUAGUACUGUUCUUAAAAAUGUUAUUUUAACAGCCAAGUUUUUUUUUUAUUUUAAAGAUUUUUAUUUAUUCAUGAGAGACAGAGAUAGAGAGAGAGAGAGGCAGAGGGAGAAGCAGGCUCCCCACUGAGCAGGGAGCCCGAUGCGGGACUCGAUUCCAGGACUCUGGGAUCAUGACCUGAGCCGAAGGCAGACGCUUAACCAUCUGAGCCACCCAGGCGCCCUUAACAGCCAAGUUUUAAAGAUAAUCCUUACUUCCUUUUGUUGCAUUUUCAAAUUAGUUGGUGUCUAAAAAUAAAUGCUUGGUCUAUUUUUAGAUUCACUACAAAUUCACAAAGGUGUAAAUCCUGGUCUCACAGAAAGUUCCCCAGGUUUCCAUGUUGUGAGAUAUUGUCCUUUAUAACCUCUUAAGGAUAUUAGCUUAAUCUUUUUGAACCAUUUCUG